AUGGCUGAUUCUGGUGCUGAGGUCAGUCUGGUGACAGAGGAAUGGUACAAACAGCACCUCCUCCCCAAGCAAGCUGUGAUCUAUGGGAUGGACAUUCGGAUUACAGAUGCAAAUGGGAGGGAAAUUCCCUGUUUGGGUUAUGUGAAGCCUCUGGGGUUUGCUGUAAUUCAGCAGCAACAGGAUUUAGUAAUCCCGGCUGGUACCAGAAGAAUAAUGAGAGUGUUUGUGGAAAGUUUACAGGAAGUAGAUGUAGAUAGUGUGGUGUUGGAGCCCUUAGUGCCUGGUGAGGGCUACUGGGUGUCUGAAGUGGUUAAGGAGUUCAGGGACAGACUAGGGGUGCAGGUGGAUGAGAGUCAGCUUGAUUCAGCACAGUUGGAGAGACUGGAUGGAUUGAUCCAUGAGUACGGAGAUGUGUUUGCUGAAAACGAGCAGGAUUUGGGAUGUGCUACUGGAGUGGAGCAUGAAAUUCACCUCAAUAGUGCAGUGCCCAUUCGCCUUCCAUACAGACAUAUUCCUCCCCCAUGUAUCACUGAGGUUAAAGCUCAUGUAAAGGGACUGUUGGAACAGGGAGUGAUAGAGGAGAGUGUGAGCCCAUAUGCAGCCCCAAUAGUGAUGGUGAGGAAGAAAGAUGGUUCGCUGCGACUUUGUGUUGAUUAUCGAAGGCUGAACGAGAGGACAGUGAAAGAUGCCUUCCCAUUACCAAGGGUACAAGACACACUAGAUGCAUUAGCCGGGGCGCAGUAUUUUUCUUCUUUUGAUUUAGCUGCAGGUUAUCAUCAGAUUCUUGUGCGGGCAGAAGACCGGCCCAAGACUGCUUUUGUAACACCAUUUGGCCAUUAUCAAUAUGUGCGCUGUCCUAUGGGGUUAUCCAAUAGCCCAGCAACAUUCCAAAGGUUUAUGGAGUAUGUGUUUAGCGAUCAGGUUUUUGUGACUCUUUUGGUGUAUCUGGAUGAUUUGUUGGUGUUUGCUCGGAGUGUGGAUGAGCAUCUGGAUAGACUGGAGGGAAUGUUGAAGCUUUUGAGGAAACAUGGGCUGAAGUUGAAACCUUCCAAAUGCCACAUACUAAAGCCCCAGGUUAGGUACCUUGGAUUUAUCAUUUCUAAGGAGGGAAUUAAUACAGACCCAGAGAAAAUACGGGCUGUACAGGAGUGGCCAGUUCCGCGCACUGUUAGGGAGGUCAGGGCAUUUGUCGCAUUCUGCUCCUUUUACAGAAGGUUUGUGAAAAAUUUUGCGAAGGUGGCUGCUCCGUUGCAUGCUUUGAUGAGUGGUGAUUCUAAGGCAGCAGUGAGUGAUUAUUGGGGGAAGGAGGAGGCCAGAGCAUUUGCCUUGUUGAAAGAGAAGUUAAGUCAGGCUCCAGUGUUGAAAAGUGCAGAUUACAGCAAGCAGUUUGUGGUGGAGACAGAUGCUAGCUUUGAAGGACUGGGAGCAGUUUUAUCUCAGGAGCAUGAUGGGAGGUUGCAUCCGGUAGCUUUUGCAAGUAGAGGUCUCAGAAAGUCAGAGCGGAACAUGAGCAAUUACAGCUCUAGGAAGUUGGAGCUGUUGGCUUUGAAGUGGGCAGUGACAGAGCAGUUUAAGCACUAUCUGGUGGGUGGACAUUUUAUAGUGCUGAAGGAUAAUAAUCCAUUGGCACAUUUGAACUCUGCCAAGCUUGGGGCAGUGGAGAGUAGGUGGCUGGGUGACUUGGGAAGGUUUGAUUUUGAGGUGAAAUACCGGCCAGGGAAGGAGAAUGAGGAGUUUAGGCAAUGGUGGAGAGUGAGAGGGUCCCUCAUUAUGAGGCAUGGGGUGAUCUACUGGCGUGGAAAGGAGACAGAUUCUAGGAAGUGGAAAGUGGUGUUGCCAGUGAAUCAGAGACAAGAAGUGCUUAAAGCCGCUCAUGAUCAGUGGGGUCAUCAAGGGGUUGCUAGAACAACGUCACUAGUGAAGGAUAGGUUUGCUUGGCCAGGACUACAUGAAGACAUCAAAUUGUAUGUGGUAAAGUGCAAAGUCUGUGUCAUGGGGAAGGAGGAGGAUGUGCGGGCCAAGACUAAGUUGGGUACGUUGGAAGCCAACCGCCCCUGGGAAGUGUUGGCUGUUGACUUCACUUUGCUGGAUCCGGCCAGGGAUGGCAAGGAAAAUGUAUUGGUGGUGACAGAUGUGUUUAGCAAGUUUGCGCUGGCCUUUCCUACUAAAAACCAAAAGGCAAGCACAGUAGCCAAGAUCUUGGUGGAGGAGAUUUUUCACCGUUUUGGUUGCCCAGAAAGGGUACAUAGUGACCAGGGUAGGAAUUUUGAGGGAAAGUUAGUGCAGGAACUAUGCAAGUAUUACCAUGUAGCCAAGUCUCGUACCACCCCGUAUCACCCUCAAGGAAAUGGGAUCUGUGAGAGGUUGAACCGCACCUUACAUGGGAUGUUAGUUACCCUUGGUCAGGAACAGCGGGAGCAUUGGCCUAGGCACUUGUCAAGCCUCACUGCCAUCUAUAAUACCACACCCCAUGCUGUCACUGGUUUUUCACCCCAUUAUUUGUUGUUUGGUGUGGAGCCCCAUUUACCUUUGGAUAGGUUCUGUGAGGAAACUGAUAAACCGGACUCAGAGGAACAAGUGGACUCAGUGGUUGAGCAGGAGGGAGAGGAUGCCCUAGGGCCUGGUGAAGAGCCAGAUGAACAGAGUGGUGAAGGCUCAGAGCAGGUUAAAGGGGUUCAGACCCCGCAACUCAGGAGCUACAGCUGCUCCAGCGUCUCUUGUGACUCUGGCCACUCCUCCUCCGUCUCCGUCGUCUCCUCUGUCCUCUGCCUUCUCUACUUCUCCAUCUACUCUCACCUCUCCUCUACUCUUCACUACACACCCUGCUCCUUCUGCAUCUUCUCCACACUAUCCAAACUUCAGAGUCACCAUGCAAACUUGCCAUGGAAAGAGGAAUCGGGCGAACAACAUCACAAAAAAAUCCCCACUCCAGGGAAAACAACACCGGCCAUAACACAGCUGAGAGAAGCCCCAGACGAGAGGUUAUCAGGCUUGCCAGCCUGA